GACAAACCUCUCUACCGACCGUACAGACCAGCCCACACCCAUACUCGUCAAGCAUGGAAAAGCAAGAGAACAAGACAAAGGUCGUCAUCGUCGGUGCCGGUAUUGGAGGAGUGGCCACAGCAGCUCGGCUCGCUCAUGCAGGAUUCGAUGUCGAGGUCUACGAAAAGAACGACUUUUCAGGGGGAAGAUGUAGUCUGAUCCAUCAUGAUGGGUAUCGGUUUGACCAGGGCCCCUCGCUCCUCCUCCUCCCUUCCCUCUUCCGGGACAUCUACACCGACCUCUCCACCUCACUUCCUGCCCACCUCGACCUGAUCAAAUGCGAACCCAACUACGUCAUCCACUACCACGACGGCGAAUCCAUCACACUAUCCACCGACCGAGCUAAACUCCGGGCCGAGGUGGAGAGGUUCGAAGGCCCAAGGGGUGGGAAGGGCUUGGAAGGGUUUCUCAGCGAAGCGGAGACGCACGCCCAGCUUUCGCAUGAGCUGGUAUUGAGCAAGACGUUCAAUUCGUACCUCUCCCUUUUGAGGCCGUCGUUCUUGGUGAACGCGAUCGCGUUACACCCUCUAGAGAGUAUUUGGAGCAGGACGAGCAGGUAUUUCAAGACUGAACGGAUGAGACGGGCGUUCACGUUCUCGAGCAUGUACCUGGGGAUGAGCCCUUUCGAGGCUCCAGGGACGUAUAGUCUCUUGCAAUGGACAGAGACGGUGGAAGGGAUCUGGUACCCGAGAGGAGGGUUUCACAAGGUCGUCGAAUCGCUCCAAUCCAUCGCCGAAUCACAUGGGGCCAAGUUUCACUUUUCCAAACCCAUCUCACACGUAGCCACCGAUCCUACCGGUCAACGCGCCAACGGGAUCUACCUGGCAUCUCCCGACAACGAAAAGACCGAGUCCAAGACGAAAAUCACCGCCGACAUCGUCAUCGUCAACGCCGACCUCGCUUACGCACACAACAACCUCUUUCUCAAAGACGGGCAGAGCGAAGAUAGGAAGAAGGGCGAGUUGAAGGAACCUCGGUUGGCGAAAUCGUUGAGGGGCAAGAAACAUAGUUGUUCGAGCAUCAGCUUUUAUUGGGCGAUGGAUCGGGUCUUGGAGAAGCUCAAGGCGCAUAACAUCUUCUUGGCGGAGGAGUACGAAGAGUCGUUCGACGAUAUCUUCAAGAAGAGCGAUAUGCCGCGCGAACCGUCUUUCUAUGUCAAUGUGCCGUCUAGAAUCGACUCGUCCGCCGCCCCGGAAGGUAAAGACGCCAUUGUCGUGCUCGUCCCCAUCGGUUCCCUCUUGGUCGAGGAACACCGCACGGAAGAAGACUGGACCGGAUUGGUAGCCGAGGCCAAGAAACAGGUCAUCGAGGUCAUGGAAGGUCGACUGGGAAUCAAGGGGAUGGCCGACAUGAUUGUUUGGGAAGAGGUCAACACGCCAGUGUCUUGGAGGGACAAGUUCAACCUGACACAUGGAUCGAUUCUGGGCAUCUCGCACGACUUUUUCAACGUCUUGUCAUUCCGUCAUCAAGCUCGGCAUCCGUCUGUAUAUAACGCCUACUUUGUCGGGGCAAGCGCACACCCAGGGACCGGUGUACCGAUCGCAUUAGCAGGGUCCAAGCUGUGUCUCGAGACGGUGUGCCAGGAUCUAGGGGUACCACUUCCCGCCUCUUAUAACGUGAAAGGCUAUAAAGCGAACAGUUGGCUUGAUAUCCGGGAAGGCAAUCAGCUGUGGUAUGUCCUGGAGGCGUGGACGAGCACGAUCUUGCUGUUGUUGGUUGGGAUCGUUCUGGGGGUCUCGCUGGUUUGCGGUAGACUAUAGGUAGACGAGUCUGUAUUGUAUCGACCUGGCCAGUCAUCAGG